AUGGGUCUUCCAUCUCUCCUCGGAGAAAACAUCUGGAAUCAACUGUUCACCAUCAGCAGUUUCGCAAUCCUCAGUUUGCUACUCUACACCCUCCUCUCCACCCUCUACAACCUCACCCUCCACCCCCUCGUCCCCAUCCCCGGCCCGCUCCUCUGGCGCGCCAGCCGCCUCCCCUACAUCCACUCUCUCCUGCACGGGAAUCUCGUAAUCGACAUCCGCACACUGCACACACACUACGGCACCAUCGUGCGCACCGCGCCCAACGAAGUAUCCAUCGCGCACGAAGACGUCUGGCACGAUGUAUUCGGCACCGUGAACGGCCACAAGGCACUCCCACGCGAUCCGGUAUUCUUCAAAUCGCCUCCGGGCCAGGCGGAAAAUCUCAUCACGACGGUGGAUGCGGAGACGAGUAUGCGCAUGCGACAGGUGAUUGGACCGGCGUUUACGGAUCGCGCGGUGGCGAGGCAGGAACCGGUUUUGCAGAGGUAUGUUUCGUUGAUGGUGGACAAGAUGCGGGAGGAGAUUCAGAAACCGGAGAAUGUGCAAAUGGGCGCGCGCAUUAAUGUGGUGGAUUGGAUGAAUUGGUGGACGUUUGAUGUUAUUGGCAUGUUGGCGUUGGGAGAAUCGUUUGGUUGUUUGAGGGAUACGGCGAGUCAUCCGUGGGCGGUUCUGAUUUUUAAUGCGAUUAAGAUGAUGGCCCUCGCAGCCGUCACCCAACAUUUCCCUGGGCUCGACUCAUUAGUUCUCAAGCUCCUUCCCGCCAGCACGCGCAAGAUGCAGGAAGAUCACUUUGCGUACGCAGCCGAGAAAAUCCACCGACGUCUACAGCGUCCCGAAUCAGCAGAGGGAGAUUUCAUGACCGUCAUGCUUGAUCCGAAGAACAAUCCCGACUUUUCGAAAAUGAGCAUGCCUGAAAUCGAAAGCACAACGGCUCUUUUACUCCUCGGAGGAAGUGAGACGACAGGCACUACGAUUUGCGGAAUCCUCAACUGUUUGGUGCAAAAUCCUCAGGAACUGGGAAAAUUGGAAACAGAGGUUCGCACGAUUUUUGAAAAGGAAGAGGAUAUUACGCUGAGUGCGCUUCAGCAAUUACCAUUUCUGAACGCGGUUGUGAGCGAAGGAUUACGAAUCUGUAAUCCAGUUUCGGGAGGACUUCUCCGGAUUGUUCCUCGCGGCGGCGCAACUGUUUGCGGAUACUUUCUUCCUGAAUGCACACACAUCGCAUGCAACACGAUCGCCAUGGCCCUCAGCUCAGCCAAUUUCCACCAAAGUCUCCAAUUCCUCCCAGACCGGUAUCUCCCCGCGCAUUUGCGACCCAGCGAAUACGCCAACGAUAAUCGCAACAUCUUGAAACCGUGGGGAUUAGGUGCACGAGUAUGUUUGGGACGAUCUUUCGGACAGGCGGAAUUGCGAUUGGUGCUCGCGCGCUUGGUGUGGAAUUUCGAUCUGCAGAGUGCGGAUGGGAAGGGCGUGAAUUGGUUUGAGCUGAAGAACUAUAUUGUGGUUCAGAAGGAACCGAUUUGGGUUACCAUUAGGGAGAGGGAGAAGUUGUGA